UUCAGGUGCGGCGGGGAAACGGGAAACUCAGCAGGUGUCUUUAAUUGGAGAUCAGCAGGUGUUGAAAACCCGCAACAGCAGAGCACGCGGUCCCACGUGCAUGUAUUACGAUUUACAGCAAUAUUUACCAGUUUAUUGUGUUUGUACAGGAAUGGUCCCACCUGGAUGGAAGAUGUGAUUAUUCCUAAACCAGCUGAGCGUGGUCCUUCUUCUUUUCCUGGGCUUGGAGCACUUCAGGGCGGAGGGAAUGUGCAGUGUGCAGCUUUGCACUAACCGCGCAAGGUGUCUUGUGUCUGAAGACCGCAGGCGCUGCAGAUGUAUAGGAGGCUAUUAUGGAGACCAGUGUGACAGAAAUGCAGACAUGAAGGUGAUGUGCGGUAAAGACUACAUCACCAUCCGGGUGCUGGAGGAGUUCUUCGUCUACCACAACGUGCCGCUGGCGUCCAUCCACCUGCCCAACGCCUCGUGCCGCGCCCAGAGGGAGGUCAUCGCCGGCGUGCCGUACUACAUGUCCAGGACGUCCAAAGACAAGUACCUGAUGUGUGGCGGCAAACCCAUUCAGAAGAAUCUGACUCACAUCUCCUACUCCCUGAGUCUGCUGUCAGAGCCUCGGGUUUCCGGAAACAUCAUCCGGGAUCCAGUCAUCAAGAUGGACUUUAAAUGCCUCUAUCCGUAUGUCCGAAGCGUCAGUCUGCCUUUUCCGAUUGCUCCGUUUUCCAGCGAGACGGUGAUGCACGUCGACGAACUGGACGCCACCAUCCAGAUGUUGUUGUACACAGACAAGACGUUCGCUCGGGCCUACAGCAGCUUGCCCAGCAUCGAGCUCCGAGACAAGGUGUAUGUGGAGGUGAGCGUCACCGAGCCUGCAGACUUCUUCCUGCUGCAGGUCAGCGAGGUUUGGGCCACACAGUCUGCUCAGCCCAACAGCACGGAGGGAUCGACUCACACGCUGCUCCAGAGCGGGUGUGUGAAAGACGCGACGGUGUCCUUCAUCUCUGGAGUUAACGGAGGAAACUCCACCGUCCGCUUCAGCUUCGACAUGUUCCGCUUCCUCGCCGAGCCUCAUGACCUCUACCUGCACUGCACCGUCCAGCUGUGCGAGCGAGACGACGCCCAGUCCUGCGUCCCGAACUGCAACUCCGUCAGUAAGAGAGAGGCGCUGCAGAUGGACCCCAGCAAGGGGCUCCUGUCAUAUGGACCAAUCAGGAUCGAGAUGCCAGAACGGCCCACGUCCAGCAUCCUGAUGGUGGUGCUGCCCGUCGCGGGGGUCUGGACGGUGGGCCUCUUCCUCCUCCUCCUCAUCACUGUGGCCAAAGCGGGCAGGAGGAGACUCGCUCGAACGGAGGAGCAGUGAUGAUGGUGCUGCUGCUGUUGGCAGCAUGAAUAAAACCAC